AUGUCUCCACUGGCUGGACUUAGACAGAAACUGGCGUCCCAUACCGAGAUGUCUUCCGCAAGGAAACAAAACACCGUUCUCGCGGUACCCGGAACCCUCAACGCUGGCAACUAUGAGAUGGAUGAGUACUCGGAUCGAGGGGUUGCCGCACCUCACACCGCACCUGGAUAUACACCAUACCUCGGUCUACGAGCUCGAUUAUCACAAGUAUGGAUCAACCGAUGGACCGUACUUCUACUCCUCAUCGUCGCCCGUCUACUCCUUGCAAUCAAGGAUAUCAACCAUUCAAUAGAUUCCGCCAAAACCGAAGCACUCUCGGCAUGUACGAGCGUCGAGAAGGCUGGAAGCUCCAUGGCUUCGAUGCCACAUUACCUCUCACGGGGUGUCAACGCUUUGGCAGCCGAUGGAAUCACUAGAGCCGUCAGUGGUCUCAUGAGCAUGGUACUGCUUACCGUAACAGGCGUUGAAGAAAUCAUCCUCUUCUGGAUCAACAUGAUGACCUCAACAUACGUCUGCCUCAUCACUCUUGUUAUUGGUGGUAGCGCACACGUUGCACUCAAUAUGAUUGAGAAAGUUGGCGAUUUCAUGAAGAAGAGUAUUGAGGGCCUCACAGGCGACCUUGCUAAGGACGCUGGUAAAUUCCAAGACAACCUUAAUGGCUUCCUCGACAAACUCAGUGUCCCAGCGGGUCUCUUUGGGGGCUCCAAAACCCCUCCAAAGAUUGAUCUUAGUUCUGGAAUUGCCAAGUUGAACGAUAUCAAGAUCGAUACCUCCAAAAUGAAUGCCGAACUUGACAAACUCAAUGCAUCAAUUCCAGACUUCAAGGAAGUUCACGAAUUCACCGACAAAAUGAUUCGGCUUCCAUUCGAGGAGAUCAAGAAACUCAUCAACGAGUCUCUUCCCGCCUACAAGUUUGAUCAUUCGGUUUUCCCAGUUGCACAAAAGAAGGCUUUAUCUUUCUGUUCUGGCAACUCCAAGAUCAAUGACUUCUUUACCCACCUCUUUGAAGUUAUCCAAAAGGCCAAGAUUGUCUUCUUGGUUAUUCUUAUUCUUGCCGCAGUCCUGGUCUGUAUCCCCAUGGCCUGGAUGGAAAUCCAACGAUGGCGCAGAAUGCAACAACAUGCCCAGCUGGUGAACCAGAACUCUUUUGAUACCAUAGACGUCGUCCAUAUCGCCUCUCGCCCAUUCACCUCUCGCGUUGGCAUCAAGAUUUCCGGGAAAUUCAAGAAUCCCAAGAAACAACUUCUCAUGCGCUGGUUUGUCGCCUACGCUACAUCACUUCCUGCCCUCUUCCUUCUAUCCCUCGGAAUCGCUGGUCUUUUCAGCUGUUUAUGUCAAUACAUAGUCCUCAAAGCCGUCGAGAAGGAAGUCCCGGCCAUCGCCGACCAGGUAGGCGACUUCGCUGACGAUGUGGUCUUCGCACUCAACAACGCAUCCACAGAUUGGGCCGUAGAAUCCAACAAAGUCAUCGCCAGUACCGGCUCCAAAGUCAACGAAGAUCUCUUCGGCUGGGUAAAAACAUCCACCAAGUCUGUCAAUGAUACCCUCAACGUCUUUACCGACAAAAUGACCGAAGCGCUCAACGUCACAUUCGGCGGUACAGUCCUCUACGAUCCGGUGAAGGAACUCAUGAACUGCCUCAUUGGUCUCAAAAUCGCUGGCAUCGAAAAGGGUCUCACAUGGGUCCAUGACCACGCACACAUCGACUUCCCCGAAUUCCGACCUGACGUCUUCUCGCUUGGCGCCAUCGCCAGCCGUACCAAUUCCACAGCCGAUGACUCUUUCCUCGCUGCCCCCGGAGAUGUCGCUGGUGAUGGAAUCACCAAUGCCGUAGUCAAAAUCUCGAAUAAACUCCAGGAGGGACUGAAAACCGAAGCCUUCAUCUCCCUAGCACUCAUCGGUCUCUGGGUAUUCAUUGUCCUUAUUGGGUUGACCAGGGUCCUCAUCGCGAUGAUGGGGAGGGAUAAGACGCGUGCAGAGGGGGGCGCAGUGGGGUAUGGAGAGGAUACCGUCCCGCUAUCUCCUAAGUACACGAGGAAUAACCCAUCUGCGGCUGUCUUUCCUCGCUUUGGGAGGGAGAGUGAGGAGAGUGAUGGCGUGCAGAAUGAGAAGCUUGGUGUUGUGGGGGGUGGGAUGGGGGUCCCUGGGAUGGUUGGCGGUCAUGAGAGGAGUAGUAGUUAUGGGUAUGUGAUGGAUGAGAAACGAUGA